GCCUUGAGCAGAAAAAAAACCCGCACACACACACACACACACAAGCAUGUAGCAGAGGGAUGUUUGCGAUCUUGAGGACUCCCGCGUAACGCAUUUAAACGCCUCACUUCCAGGGAAAAGCUUGCCGGCCAUUUGUAGACCAUGAAUUAUGUGGGCCAGCUGGCGGGCCAGGUCUUCGUGCAGGUCAAAGAACUGUACAGAGGCCUGAACCCCGCCACGCUGUCCGGCUGCAUCGACGUGAUCGUGGUGCGGAGGCCCAACGGCUCCCUGCACUGCUCGCCCUUCCACGUGCGCUUCGGCAAGAUGGGCGUCCUGCGCUCGCGGGAGAAAGUGGUGGACAUUGAGAUCAAUGGCGAGGCGGUGAGUUUGCACAUGAAGCUGGGGGAAAACGGAGAAGCCUUCUUUGUUAAAGAAGCUGAAAAUACGCUGGAGGUGGUUCCGGCCCACCUGGCGACGUCGCCCAUCGUGUCGACGGGUGAGGAGCUGAUGGACUCCCAGUUGAGCAGGAGCAGCGCACGUCACCACGACAGCGCGACGUGCGGCUCGCUUCCCGUCCACGGCGUCGGGCCGCAGCAGGGCGACGCGGGCGUGAGCAAGAAGAGGAGGAAGAGGAGGCGGAAGGCCCGGCCGGAGGGAGGAGGCGGGCGGAGGGACGAAAGCGGAGAGGAGUUUUCCGACGAUGAUAACAUGUUCACUAUUGACCUGAGCUCCGAUGACGAGAGAGAAGAAGACGGCGGAAGAACUCUAUACAGUGAUCAAGGAUCGGCAGCCAACACACACACCAGCACAGAGUGGACACAUCCACAGAGUCACGUGAUUAAAGAGACUCUCUCCAUCCCGCCGUCCUGCGGUCUUUCCAUCUCUUGCCCGCAGCAGACGUCUCACUUCUCCUCCCACCUUAGCAACCCAGACGACUCUUUGUCUUCGACGCCCAAGAGCGACUCCGAGCUGGCCAGUCGGGCUAAAGACAACCCAGAGAUAAUGUGGACCUGGGGCGAGCUGCCACAGGCUGCUCAGCCAUCCUUCCUGACCUCCCAUCAGAAGCAGGACUGUACCACAGCAGUCUCCAUCCCGGUGUCCUCCAGCACUCACUUCAGGAGCAUCAGUGUCGCCGGACCCCCGUCCCGACCCCUUUAUACCUCUGACACUCGAGGAAAGCAGCUCAACAGUGUAGCUGGGGAAAAGAUUGCAGAAGAGCACGGAAGAGCGGUGGAGAGCGUGGGUGCGUCCUGUGCAGAGACGGAGAGUUUAACGGCUUGUUCGGCAGCUCCCGGCAUCAUCCCUGAUCAUCUGGAGGAAGGCAGGAACAGCGGAAGUCCGGUGAGGAGAACGGAUUCACCUUCCAAGAGGAAAGAGAAAAGAAGCCAACAUCUUGGUGCUGAUGGUGUUUACCUGGAUGAUAUUACAGAGCUGGAGCCUGAAGUAGCGGCUCUGUAUUUCCCAAAAAGCGACGGGGGCAGCAGUUCGAUGAAGGCGGACUCGGACAUGAUGAUGACGGGCGUGCGGAGCGCAAAUCAGUCCCCGCAGUCGGUGGGCAGCUGCGGGGUGGACAGCGGGGUGGACAGUCUCCUGGACCACUUGGGAGACCUCCCCCACAUCGCCAUCUCGCUCUGCGGCGGGCUGUCAGACAACAAGGAGAUCACGCGAGAACACUUCCAGGAGAAGGCCGUGUCCUACCAGCAGUUCUCCGAAAAUCCUUCCCUUAUCGACGAUCCCAACCUGGUGGUGAAGAUCGGUAACAAGUACUACAAUUGGAGUACAGCGGCUCCAGUCAUGUUGGCCAUGCAGGUCUACCAGAAGCCUUUACCACAGGCAUCCGUGGAGAACAUCAUGAAGGACAAGAUGCCCAAGAAGGGAGGACGAUGGUGGUUCUCCUGGAGGAGGAGAAACAGCGACUCCAAAUCGGAGUCAGCAACCGAGGCCACAGGAGACAGAGAGGAGAGUUCCAGAAUGAAAGAUGAGUCGUCCUCGAGCGACGAGGACCACAGACCCGCUUUAGUGUCCGGAACACGCCAGUCGGAGGCCGUCCUAGCGUCUGCUAGCGUUUGCUACAAGACUCUUCGGCUCACCUCAGAGCAGCUGGUGAGCCUGCAGCUGAAGGACGGUCCGAACGAGGUGGUGUUCAGCGUGACCACACAGUAUCAGGGCACGUGCCGUUGCCACGGCACCAUCUACCUGUGGAACUGGGACGACAAACUGGUCAUCUCCGAUAUCGACGGGACCAUCACCAGGUCAGACACGCUGGGCCACAUCCUGCCCACGCUGGGUAAAGACUGGACCCACCAAGGCAUCGCGAGACUCUACCACAAAGUCAGCCAGAAUGGAUAUAAAUUCAUGUACUGCUCGGCGAGGGCCAUCGGGAUGGCGGACAUGACCCGAGGUUACCUGCACUGGGUCAACGAGAGGGGCACGAUGCUGCCCAUGGGCCCGGUGAUGCUCAGCCCCAGCAGCCUGUUUUCUGCACUGCACAGGGAGGUGAUUGAGAAGAAACCCGAGAAGUUUAAGAUUGAGUGUCUCACGGACAUCAAGCAACUUUUCUAUCCCAACACCGAACCUUUUUAUGCUGCUUUUGGCAACAGAGCAACAGACGUGUAUUCCUACAAGGAGGUGGGCGUUCCCCUCAACAGGAUCUUCACCGUCAAUCCAAAGGGAGAGCUGGUACAGGAACACGCCAAAACUAACAUCUCUUCUUACGGGCGCCUGUGUGAGAUGGUGGACCACGUCUUUCCCGUCCUACUCCAAGAGGAAGGAGAUGACUUUCCCCGUGCGGACACUUUUAGCCAGUGCGACUACUGGCGCGAGCGGCAUCCUGACGGCGGGGAAGAGGAAGGAGAGCGAGACUCGCGGCUUCUGGAGAGCAGCUGAGGACGCUUUAAGUAAAUCUGAUGCAAGUCAGGAGGAGGCUUAAACCAAACCCACACCCAGAAUGUGUUUUAACACUGUGCCGUUACUCAGUAGCAAUCGUACAAGCUCACAAUACAAGUCUUUAAAAUGUGAAGAUGUAAGGAAAAAACUGCAGGAUACCUCAAAAGUUGCACAACAUGAACAAAUAACGGAGAAUGACAAUAUCAUGACUCAUUUUGUACAAUGACUUGUUUGCUGCCUCGCAAACACACAGAAAAGCACAGCUAUUAUUUGUUCAACAUUACUGACAAAACGUAAUAUCUUGAGCACUUAUCAGAUCAUUAAAGAGAAACCCUCCAUUCAAAUGCAGCGAUAUUGUACCUCUAGACUGCAUAACACCAGUGUUACUGUAUAAUGACAAGCAUGUAGAUCCCAACUAUGACAUCAGGAAAAAAAAAAUGAAAAUGAAAAAAUAAACAAUUUGGAGCUACAGUACACUAGCGAGAGGCCAUAUAGGCUAAAUAUAGAGCCCAUUGAAAUGCCUUUUAUAAAGUAAUUCAAGCAUGAUUACUAUCAUUAAUAAUAUCAAUAUUAUUGAUGAUAGUUUGUCAAAAUUACACUAUUUUUAUAUACGAUUACGUGUAUGUUUUAUUGGUGCAUAAUAUAAUUCAUUUGCAUUAUUUUGUUUUGUUUAUUUGAAUGUGUCGCGUCUUUGUUUUAGUAGAAAUGUAUUCGAUGUACAUUAUGUAAAGUUAAUAGAUUAUCAUGAAUAGUAGUACAGUGAAUACUCAGUUCUCGAGCGUCUCCGUUCUCGAACAAAUCGGUUUUCAAACGAAAAUUUCGCAAUAUUUUUUUUGCUUCCGUUUUCGAAUGAAAAUCGGUACUCGAACGCCCAGGACAAAACUCGGAAAUAACACAACGUGCGCGGCCCCACCAGCUGACCCACGACGCCCGUUGUUAUUGUGUAUAACGCAGACGUGUCCCAGUAGCUACAUUUGUAAUGGGAAAUAUCUAUUCGGUUUCUGAACAAAUCGCUUCUCGAAGCAUCUUCUUGAACGGAUUGUGGUCGAGAACCCAGGUUUUACUGUAGUAUCAGUAUUUUUGUUCCCCCAUUUAAAGUCUAUGUAAAGAGAAAAUACAUCUCUUCUAAAUUGGACACACCACAGAGAUGAGUGUUGUUAACAAUCAGGCCAAAUUUGAAUGAUUACAAAAAUUAACAAGUAUAUAAAAUGAGGUUUCAAAAUUGGGAAAAAAAAGUCUUCCGCUCUGCUCGCAGGUGUUGUGCGGGUGUCAGCUAAAUGCACUGAAACCAAACCGCUGAUCCGUCAACAGUUAAUCAAACACCACUAUUGCGAGCUGGUUACUUCAGAUCAGAAAAACAGUGUAACCCUAUAUCUAGUCUAUUGAAUAGCACAUAGUUCUCUGUCCCUGCGUAAUUUCAGGAUUUAUCUUCAAACAUGUUCCGAAACAAAUCUUUGAAUUCACUUCACAGUGUCUUUAAUUACACGAGAUUUCUAUUAUGAUUGUGAUUAUUGUGACGUUGUCUCAUUAGAUUGUCAAGUUGUACUUACUCAAAUGUCAAACCUCAACCUAAACAACAAAGUCAGCUUCCACGCGUCGCCUCACUCCGUUCGCGCGGGCCGAUAAACAAAUGCGGUCACAUGACCGCGCUACUGUGAAAUCGUGACAGUUGUACACGCGGGACAAUGCAACUGAUGACACGGAGUAACGUGCACGUGCGUACACUCUAUUGUUAUCAAUGCUAUCAAUGCAACUUUUUAUGUGAAAAUACAGUUUUGUUUUGUGUGCGAUGCACGAAUGUUCAUUCGCACCCGACUGGCGCGGCCACUGUAAAUAAGAACUCAUGCUUUGUAUAAAUGAUAUUGCUAAUGAUUGGUUCUCACUAAAGUAAUAGAAGUAGUGGGAAAUACAGUAUAGUACUUUGGGCAGGCCAUUGUUGUAAGUGCUGCAACAACUAGUAUGCAGCCAUUUAGUGCUUGUUUAAUUUGAGUAGAAUGCAAAUUGAAUGUUUCUGAACAAACUCAAUGGGUGGACUCACCUAUGUUCAUGUUUUUAGUAUUAUAGUCACAUUCAUAAAGUUGAAUUUAAUACGUGUAUGUGGACGUGUGUGCCAUUUUUGUGGUAACGCCGCCAUGCAUUAUCGUAAUAUAAUAACACCGUCAUUGACAUGUCACCUCGUUUCUGUUCGGAAGUGUGUUUUUUUUCUCAUCGUUAUUAUGAUUAAGUGCGAGUGAUUACGGAAAAGUAUUUAUAACAUUAAAUGCAAUCCACUUCUCGAGAUUUGUAUUGAUGAUUUAAUUCUUUCUGUGAAAGAUUUAAUAAAAUGAUUGACAAGCU